GCUGUUCGUUCAAGACGUGUCUAGCGAGAAGCAAAAAUUUCCCACCCAGUUAUCAGAUUUUUCCUCCCUGUUGCUGAUAUUUUCUAGUGUUAGUGUGUGCAAAAGAGGCUUUAAGGAUUUAGAUGGGAAUUAUUCUACUGGAUUGGAUGCUGCAAUUAUCGUAUUGCGGAGAAUCAGCAAACGAUUUCCCAGCAUUUGGAAUAGUCUAUGGUUGGAUCUAGUGGGUUUCGUGAAACAAUACGGUCUAUCAAUUAUCAAUAAUUCAGCAGGACUUUAAGAGCAAAAAAAAAUUACGCCUGCUUUCCAUGACGACCUCCUUUAUAGCAAUAUUGUUGUGUAUACUUGAAAUUAAACUAGUAUGUGUUACUAACAAAGCAGGGAGAAUCCCACUACAGAUAUCACUUAGAUAGUGUUUAAAUUUCACCAAGAUGCACACGUAGUUUUACAAUGCUAGAUUGUUCCUUAGCAGCCAUAUAGAAUGAAAUCAGAGGUUGGCACUGUUAUCAGAAAGACACAAUGGAAUUUUAAAAUGAAUGCUAUCUAUAUAUGAACAUGUAUACUAUCCUGCAAGUAAUUGUCACUUUAGUGCAAGUUAGAACAGACUGUGGGAGAAGGAAGCUGGCAUGUAGUGAUUCUUGCCAAUAACGGAGCUAUAUUACUAUGUUUAGGUGCACAUUGAGUGUGCUGUGCAUGUGAAGAAAAAUUAUUAUUUUUGUGUAAAAUUAUGACAACUAAUUUAAUUUAUAGGGUGUUCAACAAAUUAUGUUAAAACGUGCAAUGAGCUUUUCUCUUUUCUUGGUUUUUGGCAUGAACAAAUCAAAUAAUGUGUAUAAAAAUAUACAUCCAAUUAAAUGAUUGGAAAAUGUUUUUAGUAAACUAAAUAUUUUAACUUUAUUGAUCUUGUGUAUACAAGCUACUAUCAAAACUCCUUACCAUUUUCGAUCAGCCUAACUUUAGACUAUUUCAUUCAAAUAUAUCAGCAUAAAAUGUGUAUGUGAGUCAUAAAUAGUGUAGUCAAAACAAUUUUCAAAAGUAAAUCAUGGACGUCUCGGUUUUAAUUAUUUCCUUUAUGCUCCAGGAUGAUUUAGACGUGAAAAUAAAUAUUCAGUCACGCGAAGAUCAUUGAAACAGUUCUUGAUUAUUCUCCCCAAAAUAUUCAUCUUCGCGAUUGUACGUAUAAAUAUAAAUAAUAAACAAGAUAAACACGACUGGAAGCUCAUAGCAUAAAAAACGGGUGUAAAAAUGAAUGUGAAAAUGCUUGUCCCGCGAAUGAUGCCAUCGAAAGCGAUUUUGAAGGUUGGACACCAUCAGUAUUUUCCCGCUAGUAUUAUGGAGGCGUGAGCUCCGACGAUAGAGUUAACAUUUGUAGUUUUGCACUGGUAGAUUUCCUUGGACACAAACGCACACGCACCCGACCAAAGCACUGGAAUUGGCACAGGAUCGAAUUGCGAAGAGGUUUUGUGUGUUACCUUCGCUGUGAUAUCGCGUCCACCUUACGCACCGAAAUGGCUGUUCAUAUUUUGGAUGAUGACCACUUCGCGAUCAGUGCAAUUGUGACAGUUGUGAUGCAAGUAAUUUUCUUCCUGAUCGCUGCUAUCUUCCAGCUGGAUAAAUUAACAGAUUUUGCUGGAGGUGUCAACUUUAUUAUUAUUGCCUUGUUGACAUUCUUUUUAGGCCAGAUCGAUAGAACCCUGAAGCAUUACGAUAGCAGACAGUUGAUGGUGACAGCUUUCGUAUGCCUAUGGGGUGCAAGGUUAUCGGGGUAUCUACUAUAUAGGAUUGUCAAAAUUGGACGUGAUAAACAGUUUGAAGAUAAUAGAAGGAAUGUAAUACGUUUUGCUGUUUUUUGGACCUUCCAGGCCGUUUGGGUGUUUGUUGUUUCACUGCCGGUGAUUAUAAUUAAUUCUCCACGACACUCAAUACCGCUCGCACCCAAAACAAUGACAACGUUGGAUUCGGCCGGUACCGGCAUGUUCAUAACUGGUUUACUGGCAGAAACAUACGCAGAUCUGCAGAAAUUUUCCUUUCGACAGGAUCCAGUUAACCAAGGAAAAUUCUGUAAUGACGGACUUUGGCGGUUAUCGAGACAUCCCAACUAUUUCGGCGAGAUUGUCAUAUGGUGGGGAAUUUUCGUCAUCUCGCUAAAUGUUAUCCAUGGCAUCGAGUGGGUGGCGAUUAUGUCGCCUAUUUUCACCAGCCUCAUCAUUCUGUUCCUGUCUGGUAUUCCAGUACGGGAACGAUCGGCGGACGAGAAAUAUCGAGAUGACUUGGAGUACCGAAAGUAUAAGGCAUGUACCUCACCACUAAUACCAAUUCCACCAGCAAUCUACUCAGAAGUUCCCCGAGCACUAAAAUUUAUCCUAUGUUGUGAGUUCCCGCUAUACGAUUCCUUACACAAGCGGCGUAAGGAAGAAGGACCAUUUGCCAUGACUACCUCUAUAUCGGUGGCCCAUUCGCACUCGACCCACACAUAGCAAUCCGGGAGUGGAAAUCAUCCCAACUAUCCUGUAUCGUGUCACCAUCACCACCAUUAUCAUCAUCACCAUUAUAGUGGUGGCGGUACUGGUGGUGUUGGCAUCAACAGUUCAAAGGACCAAAACUCCGCUGACCAAGUCGUCAGCAAUUCAUCGAGUCACCGGAGUGCAGGUGACAGAAGGGAAGGCGUGAAGUCUUCACACAGUAGUAGAGACUUGGAGGACAUAGUUCCGGAACGAAUUACUUGCGUCAGCAACAGUGAUGGCAGCUUCAACACAAGAUCGGCACAGAUUACUACAAUUUUGUGAUCUCGCUCAUCGUUCGAUUUUAGAUUUUGCUAUACGAACAGUAUACAUAGGUAAAAUACAAUUUUUCUACCUAUCAUUUGAUUCUAAUUGACAAAAUUAUUGGAAAUUAGAUUUUUUUAUUUCUACUUAGUAAAAUAAGAAGAGCGUAAAAAUGCCAAUUUCGAAUCGUGAUGAUCGAAAUUUAUCGCAGAUGACCUUGCAAAAAAGUUAACAUCUUAGGAAAUUUGGAAUCAACUAUCACCGAAAGAACCUAUUCAAAUUUUCUUGUACUCAAAAAUAGAACUGUAUAGAAAAUUUAUUAAAAUCUUCAUUAGUAAGUUAUCAAUAAUGUUGUUGCCAUUGUCCUAGUAAUCGAUGAUGUCUAUCAGAGUAUGAAAAAUGUACCAAAUUAGUAAUCAUACUUAACCCAAUUUUAUUAGAUGUAGAAUAGUGUAUUCGAAGGUCUAAACUGCGAAAAGAAUGUUCAGCUCUGUAUCGAAACCAAAACUAACAAAGUCGUCGACAAAGCCGUAAAAUUCAAUGACUUUCAGCAAAAUCGUACCGCUCAUGUCAAUUUUCGCUCUGAUUAUCCUACGUUAUUGAACAAUGUGAACAAAAAAAGGAAGCCAUAGUACUUAAUAUUCGGAGGUAGCUUAUCGCCAUAAAGCAAGUAAUCCUAGAGAUCCCACUGUACUGAGACACUAAAUCAGCGCUGUAGUGCAAAAUGUGCGUACUUUUACCAAUAUCUACUAUGGGUCUACUACUACCCAUUUCUCACCAGAGAAUUCUCUAUCCCUAUCGAAAAAUAUUAGACCCGUAUUUUUUCAUAUUGUCAUUAGGGUGACCAUUUCCAUGUUAGGAUGUUUUUUACAAUUUUGCGGGAAUUUUUUUUUUUUAUAAAUUCACAACUUGGUCACCUCUGAACCAAUUUUUAUAUUUUUGAAUAUGUAAACGUUAAUAGUUUCUAGAGAAAAUGUUUAGAUAUGAUAAAGUUGGAGUUUUGCGGUUGAAAACGCUAUCUGUUUAAGUUGUUUUCCAUGGUUUGUAGAUAGAUGGCGCUAUAUUUUUUUUAUUUUUGUUUUGCAAAUCUAGUCUUGUUUACAUAAUAUAUUAGAAAAUUAGCGAAAUGAAAUUAUCCGUUUGAAACUGAAGUCCCGGAAAGUCAUGAUUCACAUUUCUUGUUCGUGGUAACUGAGGGAACAUUUUCAACGUUCUCGCGGAACGAAUAACAACUUGAGCGCUACAGUAUUACCGAGUCAACCGGAUUUUGUACAAAACAGUUGAUUCAUUAUAGUGACAUAUUGAAAUCAUCCAAAAGUUCUAUUUAAAUAUAAAGUACGUAUAUUAAUUAUUCUAUAGUUUAUAUUAAAUCAUUCUAAACAAGGGUCAACAAACUUCAUUCGCGUCUUGAUCGUUUACUAUUUUCACUAUAUUAUUAUUACUAUUUAUCACUAAAAUGGAUGAUAGGCGGGCAGCCGGCUAAUGAGAAAUAAUUAUUAAUUUAUUUACUUUAAAUCUGAAGUGUGAUACGUAACCUCUUCUAUCAGUUAUGAGGAGUUAGGUGAUAAAGAAAUAUGUUGUUUCUGUUAUUAACAUUGUGAUAUUAUUAUACUCGCGGUUGUAGAAGUUAACUAUUUGGUAUGUUAUGUAAAAAGUCUUAAAAUAAAAAUAAAAUAUGAAAAUAUGUAGCGCCCUCUAAUCACAAACCUUCAAAAAGCUAAAAACUUAUAAAAUUGGCGUUUUCGAACACAAAAAUUAAUUUUUUUCAUAUUUCAAUAUUUUUCUGGAAAUUAAAAAGCAUUUUUAAAGAACAUAUCAAAAAAUUAAAAAAGUCGUUCGUUCCACACUAACUAUAAAUAUCAGAUACGUAUAUUUUUAUUUCAAUUUUUGAGAAAUUGUUUUUGAAGUUCCGCGUUCACAGAAAAAAGCCUGAAGAUACAAAGAUUCGUCCAAUGCAUAAAAUGUGUGUCUUUUCCUUUGCUUUCAAAUAAGUGAUUCCAGAAAAUAGCCUUAUUGUUUAUUUAAUGAAAAAAGGUAAAAGUUCAUAAACAAAUGAAAAAAUUCAAACAAAUUUUUUACUUUUUGUAAUUGAAAAAAGUAGCCUUGACUUAAUUCUGGUAAAGUUUGAAAAUGGAAGGAUUAAUAUUUUCGGAACAUUGAAUUUUUCAGUCACGACCCGCACGGGUGGAGCGCACAGCAGCGCGAGCUCGGUCUUAAGCAGUUUUACAUUCCUUAACAUUCCGACUAUCAAGCCACAAAAACAGUCGGAAAGGUGUUUUCAAAUUGCUGUAUUCCUUGGUACUGGUCGAUUUUAAAAACUGAAAAUGUCGGAGCAAGUACUGUAAAACGACCUAUGCAUCGCAACAAUUAUUGAAAAACUUAACAUCUAUCGCGAUAACCAACAUUUUUUCAAUACUAAAUCUUUCAUUUUGAAACAAGUGAUAAGCUAUAAAAUUUUUAUUCGAAUUUUGACUUCAAGUUAAUCAAAUGUUUUCACAAAAUUUCUUGUAGUUCAGUCAAUUUCUUCGUUUUUUUAUAUAAUUUGUUUUUCUUUUGCAAUGGGGCUCGUUCGCCAUGAAAGUGCGCUCGGAAAUUCAAGAGAUUGGUUAUCAAAAGUUCGCCUGCAUAGCUGGCGAGCACUUGCAGACGUCGUAGCAGAUCAAUCAGCUGUAGUUGCUACAGUUCAAUCACGCCAAACGUUUGAUUUGGUGUAGUUUAUUAUCCCUAGUCACAGUUUUGAUAUUGAUUUGUUAAAAACAACAUUGGCGGAAAAUAUGUGGAUACCACAAGAGAAAUUUUCCAAUCUGUUCAUGGGUAUACCCUAAUGGGUAAGUCGACACCUUUCACGGAUAAACUAGUAUAGAAGUGGAAAAAUUAAGCCAGCCCCACAUGUGGAUCGCGAAGCAGUUGAGAAUUGACUCGAUCGUUCCCCGUGUGGUAAAAUCGUUCAAGAAGACCUAAUCGAUCCACCGGCGAGCAUUUUUCGGAUGUUAGUGUCGAACCUGAAGAUUAUUCUUAGCCACAGUUGAAACAUCGUCGAGGAAUAGGAGAAACUUUUUGAGGAAGAUAUAACAAAUUAUAAGAUCCAGAGAUCCAGACUAUGGAUAUUGAAUAAAACGGUUCAAAUAAAGCUCUCAACUGUUCCCGUAUUUUCCCCAGGAAAUACGGGGGAUACUUCUUUGGCUUCGUAACCCAGGGACCAGACCCGAGAUAUUUAAAUGUGAAGACCUGGGCUAUGGUUUCACCCCUUAGUUAAAGCUGUAAUUGUGCUGACUCUCGCUUCCUUCAAAAUACAACCCAAUCAGAUUUCGUGUUAAAGAACUCGAUACCCAUUUGAAAAGCCCAUGUUGACAAGUUCUCGAGGGUAUUUUGUAAUGGUCCUUGGAGAUCGGCAGCUUUGCGUCCUAUAAUCGACACAACGCUGUCGUCGGUAAGUUGUCUUAGCGUGCAAGAUGUGUUGAUACAUUCAACAAUAUUGUUAACGUGUCGUUGUGAUUUUCGUUCCGUAUUUUAUGCGUUUUUAAGUUGUUUCUACGUAAUCGUUUCGCUUAAGUUUUUGAUGAGUGAUUGACCGUUUGCUGUCUGAACCGGUUUAAAGUGUUGUUUUUGGCCGUCAGCUGUAAAUCAGAUAGUGAUGUUCUGUGCCUAGUGCUAUACGCUGUGCUGCGAUCUGAACAAUAAGCAACCGACUCGAUCAAGCUCCCCGCAUACCCCUGUUCUGUGUGAAGCCUAGUUGAAGCCGCUUUCCUGCCGUUGAGAUGAGCAUGGAGAAGAAUUGUGCCAAGUGCUGCCAGGUUAUCACCGGCAUCGACUCAGUUGUCUGUCGUGGAUACUGCGGUCGUAUGUUUCAUAUGGCAUGUUCUGGUGUCUCCCGUGCUCUUUUGGGCUAUUUCACUACGCAUCGUAAAAAUCUCUUUUGGAUGUGUGAUGACUGUGCGAAUUUAUUCGAGAAAUCACAUCUUCGAUCUAUUACAAAAGCGGCAGAUGAAAAGUCUCCAUUGAUGUCACUCACGGAAGCAAUAAACGGCCUACAAAGCGAGGUCAAAUCGUUGUCCAAGCCAACACCACAAGCACCUAAACCGUUCAAUCGGCCCUGGCCAUCCUCUGAAUAUCGUCGUCCAGCCAAGAGGCCUCGCGGACCUGAUCUCGAAGGUUUUGCGUGUCAAACCGGGUCAAAACAAAUAGGGGAAAGUGUCGUUUGUGUUCCAGUGUGUGAACAACCAAUUGAUAAAUUUUGGCUGUAUUUGUCACGCAUUCGCCCGGAUGUCACCAACAAUGACAUUUCCGCUAUGGUACGUGCGAAUUUGGGAAUGACUCAGGAUCCAGUGGUAGUCAAGUUGGUUGCCAAAGGUUCUGACAUUAGCAACAUGACGUUUGUUUCGUUUAAAGUUGGCCUCGAUCCUGCUUUGGAAUCCGUUGCUUUGGAUCCAGCAACUUGGCCACAAGGUAUAUAUUUUCGAGAAUUCGAGGAAAAGUCUACUCAAAAAUUUCGGAACCUUACUUCUGCGAAUUCGUCUCCAACGCCUACAUUAACGGAAGUAACGGACGUAGCUGUCCAGCAAUAACUGAAUGCAGAACACUGGGACGCACUGUUGAUGGCAAUGUGGAAGCCUCCGACCCCUCCGACCCAGUCCUGCCGUCGCAGCCAGCGUUCAUCAGUCGUCCCGGUCCUGCGGGCGGAUGUGGUGAAGGGGGCUUCCAAACUUUCCACCUUGGCAAGUAUUCGUCAACUUCUAAUUUUGCUUGUGCUGAUUCGUUUUCCGGUUCCAGCUCGAUUUUUUCAAUCCAGACACCGGGACGCACCGCAGUUGGUUUUAUGGAAGCCUCUGACCCGCUCGCUACAGUCGAGCCAUUGCAGCCAGCGCUCAUCAGACGUCCCGGUCCUGUGUGCGAGAUCGGUGAUGAGGUCUUCCAACCCGCCACCGCCGGCAAGUAUACAAAACGUUUGGACAAUACCGGCAUUGAUUUCUUUCCUGCUUCCAGCCCGCAAUCGGUUCUAUUGUAUUACCAAAACGUCGGCGGUAUGAAUACAUGCCUGACCGAUUACUUACUGGCUUGUUCGGAUGAAUGUUUUGAUAUUAUCGCGUUAACGGAAACUUGGCUGAGUGAUAGUACCCUCUCUACGCAAGCAUUUGGCACCAAUUAUGAAGUUUUCCGUGGCGAUCGUAACCCAUGCAAUAGUUCGAAGAGUUUCGGUGGUGGCGUGCUCGUUGCUAUUCACCGCCGCUUGAAAGGACGGCUAAUUAUUAGCGCAUCUGGGAGUUGUGUCGAGCAGGUAUGGGUGCAAAUUAAACUGAGCGACUGUUCGUUGUUUCUCUGUGUGGUAUAUAUUCCAUCGAAUCGGACUCGUGAUUUAUCAUUGAUUGACUCGCAUAUUCAGUCGUUAGAAGAUGUCAUUGCUGCCCAUAUGCAUCCGGGAGAUGAAAUACUUAUCGUCGGUGAUUGCAACUUUCCAAGCCUGAAAUGGCUCACAGCUUCCGAUAAUUUUCUGUUUGCAGAUCCAAUACAUUCCUCGUUUCACGCUGGUAUUAUCAACUUGCUUGACCGGUACAGUUUUAAUUUACUGCGUCAAGUAAAUCACGUUAAAAAUGAGCACAAUAGAAUCCUCGAUCUAUGUUUUUCAAGCAACUCGGACUGUGCACCUAAAAUCAUCGCAGCACCCUCUCCUCUGGUGAAGUCCGUUAGGCAUCAUCCUCCUCUGCACAUUGAGCUUGAAUGGAAUCGAUCGUUGAACAAUUGCAAGAUAUCUCACAUCGUCAGAUAUAAUUUUAAAAGAGCUGACCACAAUAGUAUUAUUGGAUUUCUUACAAGCAUUGACUGCAGUGAAAUUCUUGACAAUGGCGAUGUUAAUCUCGAGAUCAAAUGUAGCUCAAACAUUUUCCAACGUUCUGAUGUAUGCUAUUGACCAAUAUGUCCCUAAACAAAUUAGUAAGCCACCCGAACAAGUACCGUGGCAAACCGUAGAACUACGACGACUGAAAAGUUUAAAAAGGACAGCACUAAAGAAAUAUUCUAAGAACGGAAGUUUGUUGCUCCGACAAAACUACGUAGAAAUCAACAAAGUUUACAAAAAGACAGCUAUGCCAACUAUUUACGCAGUGUACAGAGGAGAUUAAAGUCAAAUCCAAAAUCAUUCUGGAAGCACGUUAACGAGCAAAGGAAGGAGUCAGAUCUUCCUUCAUCUAUGUUUUACAAUGAACAGACAAGUUCUAGCAUGCAAGAAAUUUGCGAAAUGUUCAUGAAAAAAUUCUCUGAGAUAUUUUCUAGAGAAAUCUUAGCACCCUCCCAAAUCACCCAGGUGGCAUUUAACGUUCCCGUUUUGGGACAGUCAAUGAAUUCAAUUAACAAAAGCGCAAGUUCCGUAAAAACUGCAGUCGCAAAAAUGAAGUCUUCAUACUCUGCUGGACCCGACGGUAUCCCGGCAGUUAUUUUGAAGCGAUGCUCUAGUGGUAUUAUAGUACCUCUAUGUCUUCUGUUCCGACUGUCACUCAUGACUGGAGUAUUUUCUGAUAUCUGGAAAUCUGCUUGUAUGUUUCCUGUGUACAAAAAAGGAGACAAGAAGAACAUCGACAAUUACCGUGGUAUCACCGCUCUUAGCGCCAUUCCUAAAUUGUUUGAGCUUGUCGUUUUGGAGCCUAUUUUUAAUCACUGCAAGCAGUACAUCGUUGAAACUCAACACGGGUUCAUGCCGAAACGCUCAACGGCCACUAACCUACUAACUUUCACGACGUUUAUAACGGAUGCUAUGUCUAAAGGUCAUCAAACGGACGUUGUGUACACGGAUCUCUCUGCUGCUUUUGAUAAAAUUAAUCAUGCUAUCACAAUUGCCAAAUUGGACAGACUGGGCUUCGGUUCCAACAUUCUUCGGUGGAUUCAAUCGUAUCUUUGCAAUCGACGGCUGGCGGUUAAGAUCAAUGAAAAUGUUUCCAAGGAGUUUUUUGCCUUUUCUGGUAUUCCACAAGGCAGUCAUGUCGGACCACUGAUAUUUCUACUGUAUUUCAACGACGUGAACAUUUCAUUGAAAGGUUCACGAUUAUCUUUCGCAGACCACCUAAAGUUAUUCCAAAUUAUCAAGACUCUUGAAGAUGCCUGUUUCCUUCAAAGUGAGCUUGAAAUUUUCUUCAAAUCACAAUGCGCGAAAUGCAUUUUUUUUUCAGACAAUAGAUUAUAUAAAAGGUUGUUCAAAACUGGCGAAAGACUCUUUACGAAGAAAUGCCAUUUGAAUUUCUGUUGAGAGCAGCUCAAGACAUUUGUUCGUUCCUUCGCUCUACGGAAACCAAAUUGUGUAUCUGAGAGCACGUUAUUUGUCUCGACCCAUUCGUCUAGACGAAAGAGAAUCAUUUUUUCGAACAAUUUCCAGAUACUGGAAAGCAUAGAAAUCGGUCGAUAAGAGAUGUGAUCGGAGAAUGGUUUCCCUGGUUUUUGAAUAACGAUAACACUCACUUGUCUCCAGUCAUACGGGGGAAUGUAAUUCUCAAGGAACUAUUUGAAUAAAUUCAACAAGCGUCAUAUUAAAGUAGUCGCAGAUAUCAUGGAUCGUAGCUGAUCUGUUAUCGUCGUGAGGCCACCCCAUCCUGUACCAUGUGCUCCACUCAAAUGGGUCACUCUAAUUGUCCAUUUAGAUUUUGUAUCCGAUGGGCACAAUAAUAGUAAAUCACUAAAAAAAUAAAUACCAGGUAUCGAGUGGAGCUUAAUUCGAGUAAGUUUACGACUAUUUCAGAUUAUUCACUAGAAAUUUGAAGGAUCUAUUUUUGAUAUGAAAUAUCUACCAUUUCACUGUAUAACAGUGAUUGUAUCCUUGACCUCGGUGGGGUUACCCAUCGAAGGAUACAACCGCUGAAAGAAGGAGCCAUUGUAAAGUCAACUGCUUCAAUAAUGUUUUAACUGUAGGAAUGAAACCAUUGUUUUAACUGUAGGAAUGAAAGGCUUUGAUGAAGAUCCGAUAUAUUGAAGAUAGGCAUGAACCAGCUCACAAUAGUAGAAAAUUUAACAAACAAAUUUAAAUUUUCUAAUUGAUCUUUAGGGAUUUUUGAGGUUUUUGUCCCCGGAAGUGGUGGAUAUUCUUGCUUUUUUCUUUGGUUUUUUGGCACCACUUCCAGUUGUAAUUUUUGGGAUCCCUUCUAACCACAUUUUCAUUUUAUCCUUACGCGAUUUGUAUGCGGAGCAGGUAGAAAGGUCAUGAGGCCUCUCCUUAUAGUAGAGACACUUUGCAAUGUCUGAUACAGCAGGAUUUGCAACAAUGAGACGCUGUAUGUCCCAAUUGUUUGCAAUUGGUGGCACGGAACUGUGCCCAUGCGGGCAAAAAAUUGAAGGGCAAAUGUAGUGGUAUUGAGCGAUGAAUGGUUCCCAAGGCCUAGCCUUAACAAAACACCGUUUUCGUAAACGAUAUCUCAGUUACAUGCGAAGGUGUGUAACGGCAGACGCUUCCACUUGAUUUGCCAUACUAGCACACAAUUGACUUUUUGUUUAGCAGACAAUGAAGCGGAACGGUCUCCAUGUGUAUGGCCAAAUCCCACACCAGAAAGCUGUACCGCGAUUGGUUGAUGCACUCGGAAUGGACGACGAGAUGUUCAUUUAAGUGGACGGCAAGCAGAUCCCCGGUGCAGUUAUAGUUUUUCAUCAGUAACUCUCUCAAAUCAGAAAUGUUUCGGAAGACAAAUUGGACAAAUUUGACAAAAAGCUGUUGAUGUGGCAUGAGAUCCGUGAAUGUGGAAAAUUCAUAAUUCACGGUUUCAGAAAGACCUGUACCAUCAGGGACAAAUACAUAAAGAAGAAUACCUCCAAAAGAGUCCUUACACCACGAAAAUGGCACUUUGUUUUGAACGGACAGGAAGAAAAUAUGACAAGGAUUGUAAAGAAGAGUUGAUGAAUGUGUGUAAGAAAGAUUGCAAAAGUGUUGCACAGGAUUUGAAGGGAAUCAUUAAGACCAAGAUGCGGGCAUUUAGCCUAGUAGAGGAGCUUGAUUAAACCAACUUUGCAAAAGCAUAGCUAAUGUGUAUUUAUUUAUUCUCAGAGAGUUUCAAAAACAUGUUACUUAAAAUGAGUUUAUGGGGAUUAUUUUUGUCUGUUGCAUUUUUGUGCAAUCUAUAGUAAUGCUAUUUUCAAUAUAUUGCAAAUUAAAAGUUUAUAAUUUGUGGCAGCGUGAAUGUAUUUAUUGUAAUCACAUCAGAAGAAAUAGACUGAAAUUCUAGCAGAUUGUCAAUUUGGAUUUGUUUCUAUUGCUUCCAAAACACAUUGUCUAUUUUGCUCAAUCGAAUGCUUAGAGCUUUUAUUAAGCUUAUUGCAAAACUAAAAACACUACUGCACUUACACUCGGACUGGAUAGGUGAAAUAAACGCCUGUUAACAAGUAUAAUUAAUAGUUUCAUUACUAGUUGCCAGUAAACAUGUUAAGAAGAUGUUGUUUAAACAUGUUCCAUUUUCCGUUUUGCAAAUAUUCAUACUCACAUCGAUACUUAUCGUGGAUACUUAUAUGUAGUCUUAUCAUAUUGUGUUGAUAUUCUUAGCAAAUGACAAGCAAAUAUUUUUCACGCAGGAUUUCUUUAGAAAAGACUUUCGGGCUAGAGUUGGGUACAAGCAAUUUUUUUUUUAUAUUUUAGCUUAUACGGGCCAGGGUCGGGUUUAAGAUUUUGCAUAUAGAGAUUCGGGUUCCUCUAACCGAAAACUAACGGAUUCGGGAAAGGUUAGUUGGGUUCGGGUUUAAGAAAAAGACAAUCAGGUGCGAGUAGGGUUCGGGUUCAAGAAUUUACAUCUCUAUUUCCCAAAACGCUUAUAAUGCCACUCUUUCGACAGAUACACUUUGGCAUGAUUUCUGUUUACAAUUAUCUUCUUGCAAUCUACAUAACCGAUCAAAAAUGUAUGUUUCAAACAGAUAAGGAAUACGAGUAAUUUAUUAGAUAACAUUAAAUACUAAAGCUUGCACCACAUCAAAACACUUCGAAGAGGCUCAAUUAAUAAAUAAAUUUAGAGAAGUCGUACAGAUGAUUGAGUUGCUUGAGUAAUAAUUGAUUAUGAAUGUUGCCGGCCUUUAGAACUAUGGUAGCGAAGCAACAAAAACAGAAGUAUUUCUUAACUUUUCGGAGACUUCAAUUGACAUGACAAAUUUGUACACAUCUUCUAAAAUCCCCAAAUUACAGUAUUAAAAUCUAAUAGAAAAAUUUAUCUUAAAUUGGCUCUUUAUCUGAUUUUUCAUUCCUUCAGAAAACGUUUGUGACCUUCGAACCCACUCGCCAUGUUUCAACCUUUUUCUGUUUUAAAGAUAGAUUGCUCAGAACCUCAAUUAUCAAAAUGGAUUGUAACUCGAGUUACAAUUUUUGGAAAGUCUAGGACGAAGGAUUUAAAUAAUUUCGAGAAAGACGAUACCACGGUAACUGUAGAUUUUAUUUUCGAUUUUUUCCUAGAACUAUGACUUACGCGCCCGAUUUUAAUAAGACGUUCAAAGCAAGUUGGUUCCGUAUUGAAAAACAUUUAUUGAACGUUGAACCGCACUUCCAACGAUGAUUUCUUCGUGAUAGGUAUACUGAACGGCUUCCCCAUAUUGCGUGUAUAUGAGAAGGAACGUUUUUUUAAUAUAUAUAUUCCCCAGUUAAAUUAAUGAAUAAGUUUAAUACUUUUAAACUCUUCGGCUCGAAAAUAUGACGGCCUAUAAUUACAUACAACAAUUUUAAAGGUUAGUUUUCUAUCCAAAACGUAUCAAUCGUGAUUUUAGAACUUUGCUGUAUUUAGUGAUUUUAGAAUGCACAAAAUCAUGUUUUAACUACAAAUGUAUGAUAUGCUGCACAAUAAUUUACAGUAAAAUGUUUCGUUUCUAUAUUUCACCUAAGUUAAUUGAGCGAUUGUGCUAAAAUUUGAAUAAAAUAUAGUCAAUAAAUUCUUUAAUAAUUAUUGAUCCAUUUUGAAAAUUUUUGUUUCCACUCCCAUCUUUCAAUAUCAUAAAAUACUAUAAUCCCACCUAUUACUUAUUAGAAGAGAAUUUUAAUACAUAUUAACGAAAAACAAAACAACCAAUCUUGCACUCAUAAUACAAAGCACAAUGCACAAAACUUUGUAGUAGAACAAACCUGUCAAAGUGCAGUAUUCUAUAUAUAAAUCUGUAAUCUAUUUAGUAGUACUCUACAGAGUCUUUUAGAAAAAGCAUUACAUUUGAAUUUUUAUACACCAUUUAACCAUUCAAUCGAUUUGCACAAAUAUAAUUCCAUACAAUAUUUGAAAAUAUGGGCAUGAGCAAGUAUUUAAAAAAGAAAAAUCAAACAAUCGCGCGGUGAUAAGUUACGAUGGCUUUGAGAAGUAAGUAGAAACAUUGUAUAGUGCGGUGUUCAAUAAACAAAUAUGACUUUUAUAAACAAAUCGUGAAACUUUACUCUUAUAAUCCAUUCAAAAGUUAUCAACAUUAACUCACUUACGAAAAUAUAUGAUAUGGAUUGCUCAAAUCAAUUGACCCUUUCGUAAUAACUUGUAUUGAAGUAGACUGGCAUAAUCCUACUAGCGUGCAUUGUAAUAGAAGUAUUCAGAAAGAAAAGUAUUCACAUAAGCUUCCAAGAAUGAAAUAAAAUUUAUUUUAGAUAGGCAUCUUCGAUCGACAAACAACAAAAAUCAAAUAAAUCGUAACAAACGAUCGUUUCAAAUUAUCGAUCACAUGCCAAAGUUUACGCUUAUAUACGAUAUAAUUUAAAAAAAGGGAAAUGAACUAAAAAUCGAUGCAAAGUACAAACAAGUUUCCAAAACGCGUUGUACUCCAGCAUCUAGUAGAUGUAUUAAAUUGAUUAGUUAAAAUAAAGUGAAUCGCAGGAUGAUGUGCUGUAGAUAAAUAUUUUCAAUAUUUCAAAUCGAUUAAGAUUAAAAUUUAAAUCAACAUGUACACUGUUGAAAUGAGGAUAGAGAUGUAUUAAUAUUAAUAUUUAAACUACGGCUGAAAAAGGUACCUAUACAUUGCAUAUAUUUAAAAUUGUUAAAUAUAGAAAUGCAUCGUGAAGACAAA